UCAAGACCUUGCACGAGGAUCUCUUUUUUUUGGGAUUUAUUUAACUCAAAUUUACUAAAUUAAUUUUCAUAUACUCUCAAAUAAUAAACAUGUACCCUCCCAAAAUACGAGUCAUUGAUUUGAAUCGUCUUAAAUAUAGUACAGCUUUAUAUAUACAACAAAAAUUAUUUACCAAAGUUCAACAAGAAUCAGCGACAAAUUCAGGACCAAAUUAUUUAAUAUUCGUUGAACAUGAUCCAGUUUAUACAAUUGGUAUUCGAAGUAAACAAUAUUCGGAUAAAGAAUUUCAAGAAAAACUUCGACAAUUAGAAGCAGAUUUUUCUUUAACAAAUCGUGGUGGAUUAAUAACAUUUCAUGGUCACGGUCAACUAGUUGCCUAUCCAAUCGUGAAUCUUAAAAAUUUUCCCAUUACCAAAAAUAGUGUUAAAAAAUUUGUUUGUCAACUUGAAUCAACAAUUAUGGAUGUUUGCAGCGAAUUCGGAAUCAAAGCAGCCAGAUUGGAUGGUUAUCCUGGCGUUUGGGUAGAUUCAGAACGAAAGAUUGCUGCUCUUGGCAUCCAUUGUAGUCGAUAUGUAACGAUGCAUGGAGUGGCUAUCAAUAGUAAUGUCAAUCUUGGUUGGUUUGAUCACAUUGUUCCAUGUGGAAUCGAAGAUAAAUCAGUUACAUCAAUAUCAAAUGAAUUAAAUAAGAAUAUUUCCAUUGAUCAAGUAAAGCCACUAUUUUUAAAACAUUUUUGUGAUAAAUUAGAAUGUCAAAUUGAAAAACAUUAAUUAAAACUAUAAUUGAGUAGAAA